AUGGACCCGACGAGGAGACUCCCGAAGGCGAAACCAGACACCCUCAUGGAAAUAGUCAGACGCUUCGUCACGUCCAAGCUUGCAGCGCACGCAGCUAUCCGCGUCGCGGUCGAUGACCUCCUGAGCCUCACGCCCGUGCGUUACUAUCUCAAAGGCUACACCCAGAAGCAAAUCAAUGCUUUCGCGACACACGCGUCUCGGUAUUUCGAACUCUACCAUCCAUCCGGCUCGAUUGAGAUCGCGCAUACAUCGCGUUAUUCGCACCACACUGGCAAGUCCGAGCUAUGUAUCCUCGCCACACGACCUCUUGCUCCGGGAACAGUCAUCUCUGAACUCAAAGGUUCUAUGGCGGAUCUCACUGAGGAAGAGGACCGGGAGCUGAAGCGCACAGACCGGCGGCAUACCGAUGGUAUCCGGAGGGAUUUCAGUGUCAUCCAUUCCAAACAGAUGAAAAAGAACCAUUUAUUCCUGGGGCCUGCCCGAUUUGUCAACCACGAUUGCGACAAUAACUGCGAGUUGUUCCGGGAAGGGAAAUAUAUCACGUUCCGGGUACUCAAGCCUAUCGGGGUGGGUGAGGAAGUCACUGCUCAUUAUGGUUACGGUUACUUCGGGCGCAAGAAUCGCCACUGUCUCUGUGAGACCUGCGAAAAGCUCGGCAGAGGCGGA